GCAUUUCGUCUUAAUAUAAAUCACACGUAUGGAAGCGUUGUCGAAAUUGUUUCUUCUAAUAAUAUUAAAUCAGACAUCGAGAGUCAACACCUUCAACCAGUAAAUGAUUCAAAUCUUCAGCCCCCUCGUAAUACUGAACAUAUUUCAGAUCAAUGUAAACAUUCAUCAUAUGCAUAUUGGUUAUGGGAAAAUUUAACAGUGCAACAACAAGACGCUUCAAAAUACUAUGUCACUUUCUAUGAAGAUUAUCAAUCGUUAAGUGCCAAACUUGACUAUAUAAAAAAUAAUAAUUUAGCAGGAAUUGCGAUUGCAGACAUCACCAAAGAUUCACAACAAAUUUUAUUUUGGGAGAUCAGCCGGGAAAAAUGCAGUAGUGGGAGUGUAGUAGGAUCCUUUAUUUUUGUUAGCAUAUUAGUGGCAACUGGUUUUAUAUUGUACUCAAAACACAAAGCAAAAAUGUCUAACCCACUUAUAGAUACAAAUAAUCAGGCUUGCUCUGAUACAAAUCCUCAGGUUUAUUCUGAUAUAAAUCGUCAGUGA